AUGUCGUUACACUUGUAUAUGGUUUGCGCAUUGCUGGUUUUGCCGACUAUUUAUACGUUUUAUUUACCCGGAUUGGCUCCAGUGAAUUAUUGUAUAGCAUCUGAAGAAACAAGCAAGUCGUGCAAGACAGAAAUCCCACUCUUUGUAAAUAGAUUAAACACAGAAGAAUCGGUGCUUCCGUUUGAGUAUCAUCAUUUUGAUUUCUGCACUACCGAUGAGAGUGAGUCACCAGUCGAGAAUCUUGGCCAAGUUGUGUUCGGUGAGCGGAUACGACCGAGCCCUUACAAGCUUGAAUUUCUCAAAAAUGUGGACUGUAAAGUGGUCUGCACUAAAACAUACAAGAACUCCGAUACUGAUUCUAUUAAACGGUUGAAUCUGAUGAAAAUGGGCAUGGCACUGUCUUAUCAGCACCAUUGGAUUCUGGAUAACAUGCCAGUGACUUGGUGUUACUUGGUCAAUGAAGGAGGGAAAACUUACUGCAGUACAGGAUUCCCGAUGGGUUGUCAAGUCCGCAAGGAUAUGGACACCUGCACGCCCAUAGUGAAUGGUCGCACGAGUCGAAUUGGCGCUUACUAUUUGUUCAAUCACGUUGAUUUGGAGAUUACUUAUCAUAGCGGCGGCAAAGAAGAAUGGGGGGUAGCAUUUGGAGAAAACAGUGGACGUAUCAUUUCUGCUAAGGUGAAACCAGCCAGCAUUAGGCAUAACAAUCCGAACAACCCCGAUUGCAAAGCGCGCAAUGUCGAAAUGGAAAUCCCCAUGCAAGCCGAUAAAACCUUCAACGUCACGUAUACGUACAGCGUAACUUUUAUAAAGAACAACACAAUUAAAUGGUCCUCAAGGUGGGAUUACAUACUGGAGUCAAUGCCUCAGACAAAUAUCCAAUGGUUUUCGAUAUUAAACUCCUUGGUAAUUGUACUGUUCCUAAGCGGUAUGGUUGCUAUGAUUCUGCUUAGGACACUUUAUAAAGACAUAGCGAGAUAUAACCAAAUGGAAUGUGGAGAAGAUGCUCAAGAGGAGUUUGGGUGGAAACUUGUACACGGUGAUGUAUUCAGACCUCCACGCCGUGGUAUGCUGCUUGCUGUGUUCUUAGGAUCUGGAUCACAGGUGUUCGGCAUGACGCUAGUGACUUUGGCGUUCGCGUGUCUGGGCUUCCUGUCCCCCGCCAACCGCGGCGCGCUGAUGACGUGCGCGCUCGUCGCGUGGGUGCUGCUCGGGGCCGCCGCCGGCUACGUCAGCGCCAGGAUCUACAAGAGCUUCGGCGGACGGAGGUGGAAGAGCAAUAUUCUGCUCACUUCGAUGGUGUGUCCCGGUGUUGUGUUUGGACUGUUCUUCAUAAUGAAUCUGGUUUUAUGGGGUGAGGGCUCGUCUGCUGCGAUUCCGUUCUCUACCCUAGUAGCACUGCUAGCUCUUUGGUUUGGAGUUUCCGUGCCUCUCACUUUUAUCGGCGCUUACUUCGGAUUUAGGAAGAGGAUCUUGGACCACCCUGUGCGCACGAACCAAAUCCCCCGCCAGAUCCCGGAACAGUCUUUGUACACACAGCCAGUACCUGGUAUCAUUAUGGGAGGAGUUUUGCCCUUUGGAUGCAUCUUCAUUCAGCUCUUCUUCAUUCUCAACUCACUGUGGUCUAGUCAGAUGUACUACAUGUUUGGUUUCUUGUUCCUUGUAUUUGUAAUCCUGGUGAUCACAUGUUCGGAGACAACAAUCCUGCUUUGCUACUUCCACCUGUGUGCGGAGGACUACCACUGGUGGUGGCGAGCCUUCCUCAGUUCGGGCUCUACGGCCGGAUACCUGUUCAUCUACUGCUGCCACUACUUCGUCACCAAGCUCAACAUCGAGGGCGCUGCUUCCACCUUCCUGUACUUCGGCUACACUUUCAUUAUGGUAUUCUUGUUCUUCCUCCUCACCGGCACUAUUGGCUUCAUGGCGUGCUUUUGGUUCGUUAGAAAAAUCUACAGUGUCGUUAAAGUAGAUUAG